AUCAUUGGUUCAUUUUCUAGUAGAUACUUGAACGUUUUGUUUUACGUUUUCAGUGGUUCUGCGAGGCAUCAGACUGCAAGGAUGACGUUGAAAUUCUGACUGCCAAGAAAUUCUGCGGUGAUCUGGCCUACCGGCAGCGAGCCUUUCAGAAAGCUCUGGCUGAAUAUUCCAGCUGUCUGCUGCUGUUACCUCCCAGUAACACUGCGAUGAGAAGAGAUGUCCAAGAGGGCCAGGCUCGGUGUUUAGCUCACCUAGGAAGGCACCAGGAGGCUCUGGAUAUUGCAGAAAAACUGAGGAAUUGGGCAACUAACACAGAUCAUUUAACAACUGUACUCAACCUGCAGUUUGCCAUAUACUGUAAUCUGGAAAAUACUGAGGAAAUGAUCACAUGUCUACAGCAACUAAUCUCUUUGCAUACUUUUAACCCUUGGUAUUGGAAGUUACUUGCUGAGGCUUACAUGAGCCUUUUGCAGACUCCGUUGUUCAUUUCAGAAAUGAAACUCAAUCAGCGGAAAGAUGUUGCUGCAAACAACCAUGUUGUUGAAACCUCAUCAGGAAAGGAAAUUAGCUUUCAGUGUCCCAAACUGCACAGCUGGGAAGAAGAUUUUCAGUCAAGAUGUGCUACGGAGAGAAAGGAUGGGGAUUUUGUAUCGUGUAGUGCUAACCAAUCAGGACAAGGAUCUUUUUGUACCGUGGAAGAAUCGAAACCACAGAACAAAGUGAAACAUGCCACCUUUACGUCCUGUGGACAGGAAGCACUGAAAGAUGUUGGGAUAAAGGCAUGUGCCUCCUUUGUUAGAACAAGACUUUUACUUCAACUUACGCAGUUACAACAGUCUUCUUUCGCUUUGGAGAAUAAUUUACGGGCUCAGCAAGAAACAGGAGACCAAGUAAAAUCCUUUGGUUUAAAGGAAAACUCCUUGCUGUUGAUUACUGAGGUUAUGGGAGGGGAUCUCAUUCCAGAAAAACUGAAGGAGGACUGUCAGGGAGAGGUGAAGUGUAUGGAGGCCUCAGCACUAUCAUCCUUGGUAGCUGCAUCAGCCAAAGAAUUUGAAAGCAAAUGGUUCAAGAAGCUCAAAGACAGUUUGUGUCAUUUAGAUUGCCCAGCUAUAAGCACCCCAUCCUAAGCAGUUUAAAGGCGUUUUAUUUAUUUAUUUUUUAUUCUCUUUUCAUCAAAUGACAAUGGAAUAACUUGGAAUAAAGCUAAUAAGAUG